AGGAACAGCGAGGAAGAAGACAGCAUCAAAAUUGUUGUGCUAGGUCAACAAGGAGUCGGCAAAUCCGCCAUUGUGGCUUCAUACUUUUUUGAUACCUUCUUCUUUGAGCCCGAGCACUACGAAACCAUCGAAGAUACCUAUCGCCUGGUGCGCGUCCAUGAUCAGCGACCCGUUCGUCUCCACAUUGUGGAGGUAGGAGGCAGCGAGGAGUUGGGUCCCUGCCGCCGCCGUCACAUUCAAGACGCCGAUGCCUUUGUGCUCGUCUACUCGUCCGUUAAUCGCACCUCGUACGAGCGCCUCCAUGAAAUCAUCGAUGAAAUCCGUACGAUACAGGAUCGACAGUGCUUUCCCGCAGUGCUGGUUGCCAACAAAAUGGAUCUCCGGCGCCAGGCCAAUGUUGCCAAGGAGGAAGGCCAGUCUCUGGGCCAGCUACUGCAGGCGACUUGCCUGCAAACUUCGGGCAAGGUGCCGUCAGACGGGCGAGCCGUCUUUGAAGCACUGCUCCAUCGCCUCUUUAGCUUUGAUACUCAAGAC